GAAAUAAAGAAAGGAAUGAUUGUAUACUUCCAAGAGGGCAAUACCCAAAAAAAAGGCCAAGUGGUUUUCAUGGCUAUUCCAUUUAAAGAGAUGGAACCUCAUGUGGUAGUUGAAGUGGAAACACAAAGUGACGGUCACAGUCAGAGAUGGAAUGGGAAGUUCGAAGGACAUCACAUGUACACACCUAGGGAAGGCGUAUCCACCUAUUGCAUACCAGCUACUGCUGUAAUCCCAGAGCAUUUGAUGGAAGGAUCUGUACAUGAAGUGAUACAAAAACCUGAGGAGGGCGUGGUCCAAGAGCAAUGCACCAAUUUUUCCAGAGCAAGGAACAAAGGGAAGAAAUCGUCUGAGCCAUUCUUUUUAGCCAACAAUAGAGACAAACCAAGAAAAACUCCCUCUCCUUAUGGAAGCAACGAGAAACUAGACAAGGGAGGACGGAAGACAGUGGGUAGACGAGACCUCAGCGAUCACUAUUGUCCACCAUUAGGAAACAAGACUGAAAUGCGUCCGGACAGAACAGAGGAACUGGAUCUCAUCUCGGACCACUAUGGUGAGGAAAGCAAACCUAAACACGACAGCCUCAUUGGUAUAAUGAAGGGUAAAGUUAACAAAGUGAAACAAAAAUGGAAUAAUGGAAGCAGAGAUGAUGAAUCUUCGAAAUCCUCCUGGUAUACAGAGCCAACCAGUCGGAUUGGAGAAACGGCAAAAGCAUCUUUUCUAGACACAAGGCCCGGAGCGGCAGAUUGUCUUGAAGAUGAUGUGGUUCAAGAAGUUCUAGACACAGUUUCCAAAGACUGGGAGAAGAUUGCCCACUCUUUGUACCUGUCGAAUGAUGAAAUUUAUGGGAUUGCUUCCAAAAGGGGAACAUCGAGAGACCGCGCUGAGGAGAUGUUGAGAGUUUGGCAGAAGAGGAAAAUUGGUUAUGAUAAGAUCUCCCGAUUGGCUGCAGCAUGUCGGGCUAAUGGCUUCAUUAAACUUGCCGAUGACUUGGAGCAAGGCUUGGAUGAAGACAUGCUGAUGAAGAUAGCCAGUAACAUCCCCACACAUAAGGCCAGACCAUUAGGAACGUUUUUGAAUUUUUCUGAUGCCGAGUUGGAAAGAAUUGAGGACAAGGCCUCAGAUACUGUGCCAUUCGUUCGAUUGAUGUUGGCCCAAUGGAGGACCAGACAGUCACACAACUCAGACAAGAUCAUGUUGCUAAGUAACGCCUUACAUUACUGUGGACUCAGACAGCUAGAACUUGAGGUAGCAAGAGGUCUGGACGAUGAGAUUAUGCUCUCAUUUGCCGUCCAGAUCGGCCACAGCUGGAAAAUUCUUGCCACAACACUAAGGUUAGACCUCAAGGACAUUCAUAACUUGGAGUGCUUUUCACAAGACAAGCAGCCCUAUCAGAUGUUGAUGCUGUGGAGGCGAAAACAGCCGCGCAGUGUGGACGUUCUCGGAGCUUUGUCCAAAGGACUUCGAGAGAGUGGACUUCCUGAUCUAGCCAGUGACCUGGUGCAAGGAGUUGAUGAUGAAAUGCUGUAUAAGCUGGCUACUCUGAUUGGAGAUGUAUGGGACGUCGUUGCCUUGCAUUUGGGAUUCUCUGAAGAGGAAAUCAAAGAACUCAGUGAUACAAAGGGUUCUGAAGUUAUUUCCAUCAUCAACAUGCUGAAUAAAUGGAGGGAACGCCAUGACUACACCAAGGAUCGAUUUAUGUUUCUCAUGGAAGCACUGAGAGCAAGUGGUUUGGGUCAAGUUGCUGAAUCGUUUGAGGAAGACAAACAUAAAGUGGAGCUUUCUAGAAAGAAUGCUGCAAGUGCCAAGACAGAAGAAUAUCCUGAAUAUCCUAACGACAAAGGUCACCCCGUACUCUAUGUUAAUCGAGAUGUCCUUGUGAGAGUCUCCAAGAAGGUUAACUUUGCUCAGCUGUGUAAAGUCCUUGAUAUUCCUUCUGAGGAAGAGGUUGAAAUUGAGAUGUACUACCUGACAAAUGAACAAAGGGUUUUCCAACUUUUGGAUUGCUGGAAGCGUCGCGGAGAUGGAGGAGAACGCAGCAUUGAGGAACUUCUGCAAGUCCUGGCUCAUGUUGGAGGUCACUCUGCUCUGAUUGAUGACAUCAUGAAGGCAGUAGAGGCUGCUGAGGAGAAAGUUGAGGAUUCCCAAAUGAAGCAGCUACCACCGGAUACCAGCAUCGCUUUCCCCUCUUUCCACACCGAGGAACCUCCUGAGGAAAUCGACCCCGAUCUAGACGUCAACUCCAUGGUUGAGGUCAAGCCUUCUGACAAGACCCAUUAUGGUGUCAUCCGAUGGAUCGGUGUGCCAAUGGGUAGCAAGACUAACCGCAAGAUUGCCGGCAUCGAACUGGAAUCCCCGAUUUCACAAGGAGCAACAGACGGCACAUUCAACAAGCAGCGAUACUUCAAGUGUGAGCCCAGGAAAGCCAUCUUUGUCUACCUGUCCCAGUGCAAACACGAUUCCCGCUUUCCAACCAUGGCUCAGACGUUCAGUUCAGCAAAGCGUCAGACAAGCGAAGAUUUCGGUGGCUAUUCGUCUCCCGUGGUUGAGGGUUUUGUCGAUCCUCCUCCUCGUCUUGAGUCAGCCUUUUUGGGAAUGCCGAAGGGCAUCCAAGGAGACCAGAACUCGUGCUACCUGGACUCGACUCUCUUCAGCAUGUUUGCUUACAACAGCGUGUUUGAUCCACUCCUGCGCCGCACUCAGGGGCAAGAUGACCUACAGGAAUAUGAAAAGGUCCAAAAGACGCUUAGGGAAAGCAUCGUCAAUCCCUUGAGGAAGAAUGGCUUUGUACGAGCAGAUCGCAUUCUUGAGCUCAGGGAGCAUCUGGAUCAUCUGGGCACCACCAAAGGUCUGAUGAAUGAAGAGAAAGACCCUGAAGAAUUCCUCCAUACCCUACUGUCAGAGGUCUUCAAGUCAAGACCUCAGCUAAAGAUCAGGCACGGUGGUAACAAAGAAAUAGAUGAGUCCAACAUCUAUCAGAUAUUCCUGGACAGGGAUGAAUCUUUCACACUACCAACAGUAGAGCAGCUGCUGUUGCAGUCAUUUCAGGAACACGAUCUCAAGCUGGUUGAAGUGCCGUCGUGCUUGAUCGUUCAAAUGCCCCGAUUUGGCAAAGAGUACAAGAUGUACAAUCGUAUUUUGCCGUCACUUCAACUUAACAUCACCGAUAUCAUCGAAGGCUAUCCCAGGCAAUGUAUAGUAUGCGGCAACCUAGCAGUCUUUGAGUGUAACUCCUGCAAAUCGGAGGAGGCAUUUGUGGAAGCAAGUCACAUCAAGAAUUACUGUAAAAAUUGCUUUGAAAUGAUGCAUGUUGGGACAAAGAGGGAGCGCCAUCAGCCCACUCAGCUUGAGGUCCCAGAUGAAUUCAUGAGGAGCUUCUACUCCAAGACCAUGGAGAAGGGUUACACAGAUGAGCAGGUGGAUGCCCAUCGGCAGAAGAUGCUGACUCUCAAACUGAUGGACCUGUUUGCUGUCAUCUGCAUCCGGACCAGUCACUACGUGGCGUUUGUCAAGGCGGGGAGAGAGAAGGACUCUGAGUGGGUGUUCUUUGACAGUAUGGCAGAUCGGCAAGGUGACCAACCGGGUUACAACAUCCCUCAGAUCAGUCACCUCAAGGACUUCCGGGAUUGGGUUAACGUGGACAAACUCAAGAGAAGGAUUGAAAGCAAGCAACUGACUGAGCUCAUGAAUCGAUUGCUUGGAGAUGCUUACAUCUGCAUGUACUCGAACAGUGAGCAAAGCGACCAAACUUACGUAUAGUGUGCUGGCCAAAGUGGUCCAUUACUGUUGGUACCAGACUAUACAAAAAUGACCGUUCAGCUGGUCAGCUCAGAGGAUAGAGGUGAUAACAGAGGCCAGAAGGAAAGGUCACCAGUUUGUGGUUGUUAGUCAUAUUGACACAGGUUGGAGGAGUUUGGAAUAUGGCUGGUAGUUUGCACGACACUGGUAACAAGCUGAAGUCUCCUGCUCAUCAGCAACUUGAUGUUACAGUGGGCCUACAGUUAAACUGUCCAACCCAACGAGACCGUCCUUAUAGAAAGACACUCCCCAGGCAGCCGUUACGUGUUCCUUUUACAGAAUUUCAUCGGCGGAGUGACUGAAAAUCAUCAUUGGUUGAGGAGAUUUACAGUUGUUCACAAACCUUUCUUUGUUUCAUCCUCUAAAUCAUAACAAUAUUUGCUACAAAAAUCUAACAAUGCUAAGCUACCUGCCGUGCACAGACUUUUUCACUACACAUAUUGAAUCCUAGCUGAUUUAGUAUGGCACCCUUCAAUGCUCUUCAUGUCGGGAGCAUUAGCAAGCACUCAACUAGCAAGAAUUACACCAACAGAUCAGAGAACAAAUUGGCAAAAAAACAUCUGCAUGCCUACAUCAAUGUAGCUCAGUAAACAUUUUUUUUGUUCGUAAAUUCAGCAAUUCCAACAUAUGAUGAGAUAAUAGUGUGAGUCUGUAACAAUCUGCAUUGUUACUCUUUUCUGUUUACAUAUUAAGAAACGUAACCGCUCUUUUACAAGUUUUCAUGUGCCCUUUUAUAGGGCAGCAUUGGCUUGCUAUACGAGACAAAGUGGAAAGAUGAAAAAUUUACAGUGUGAAGUUCAACUAUAAUUAAUGUAUGUACAUGUACAUAAACUUACUUGGAUGUGGUUCACUAAAGAUUGAAGAAAAAAGAAGUUUUUUCAUCCAUAAGUAAAGAACAGACAGGAAUUAUGACAUAAUUUAUUAUCUAAGUAAUUUGGUUUAUCCUACGUUUGAUAAAACAAGAACUGAAAUAAACAGGUUGAAUUUAGUGGGCAACAGUUUCAUUUUGUAUCUUUAUUUACUUACACAGAUGUAGCAGGUGCCACGUUAGAAAAAAAGUUCUUGAAUCUGUGUAAAAUAACCCACAAGUACUUGAUGCUGAGAUAUUGAAAGACAACUGAGAUUGUGCAAGAUAGCUUAACUGAUUCAUGCGCUAGUAUGGUAUGCUGGAGAUGGUAGGUUUUUGUUCUUCAAUCAACAUGGGUCCCAUCUUGUAUGUAUGCGGUGUAUAUUUUCUCCCAAGUUUGCCAUUUACAAGGCUAAAAGAGUGAUAUCUCAAAAAGGUCUGGAUUCAUUGUUGAACUGAGAAGCACAACAGUUGAUGGGGCUGCAUUACCAGCGAUGGUCAGAGAAUUCCUUCUAUAUCGAAUUUUGUCAACUCCUGAUUUUCGAUUCACAUCUGGGGAGGCUAUUCUUUGAUGAUAAUUUAUCUACUAACUCAAUCUUCGACCGAAGUCAUGCGUGUAUUCAUAACAAAAUUAGGAUUUUAUUUUGUUAACUCUAACAACCUUUAACUCAGUUUUUGUUUAUAUGCUCAUGCUUUUCUAUCCAGUUAUUAAAAAGUAACAGAGCCUCAAGAUUUAAGAAGCAGCAGAAAAGAGCAUGAAAUCUUUGCAGGUAGAAUCAAUUAAGAGAGUCUUCAGGAUUAUUCAAAUGAGCAUGAGUAUAAAGAACUUCCAUGAUUGAUUGUACAGAUGCAUGUAUUGUAAAUAGAACCAAACCCAUGAAACUAAAUCAUCUUAUUUGUCCAAUCUGAAAAGUUGUUUAUUCAUUUAGUUCAUUCAUAGAAUUGGGGUCAAGUUGUCUUGUAAAUAAUGUAGUUUGAUCCACACCACAAUUCAAUUUAUGUACUGAUAAACAUGUACAAUGUAAGAGUUACAGCAUGGAUGUUAUCAGAUGCAUGUAUGUUGCACCAUUGAAUAUUUAUAAUUGUGAAAUGUUAUUGCAGAACAUUCAUUUUUUUACUGUUCGUCAGAAAUUCUAAAAUCUUCAAUAUUUUUGUAUUAAGCAAUUGCUAUCCAGUUGGGAAAACCCAUGGAUCUGUGUUUACACACACAUGCAUGCAGUUACUUUAAAAUGGUAAUAAAACUGAUGCGAUUUUCAAUGGACAACACUGUGUAUCUCUAACAUUUACAAAAGUAGCGAAAGGAAUCUUUCUGGAAUUUUCCAAUCCUUCUUGAAUUUUACAUUUU